AUUUUAUGAGACACGCGAAAGCAGGUUUUGCAAUGACACUAAGACAAACACUUGCCACUCGUUUUGUGCCGCAAAAAGACAACCUGCAUUGCAGUUUUGCCUUGAGCUGUCAAAGGUGAACAACGUUGAAAUCAGAGGGAAGUAUGCAUCGGGGGAGGAAACUUCAAGCUGCAGCGGCAGUUCCUAUCGUUGUGAGCCGAUGGAGCAACAACCUUGACGUUCCAAAGUUUCAACAGCCCACUUAUACCCAUUUGCAACCCUUCAAGCCGAAUUCCGCCCUCAGCGGUAUAUCCGGCUCAGAAUUAGACCAUGAGUCGUGGAACCUGAAAAUCCACGCGGCUCAUUUUUGCGAGAAAACGUCCCUGCAUGGAAUGCAGUAUCUUGGUGAGCCAAAACGACAUUGGAUUGAAAGGAUUUUCUGGGCGAGCGCUAUUGCCACAGCUUUCAUCGGGGCGGUCGUGCUGAUCACGCAACUUUACCGCAAGUGGGAUCAAAAUCCGGUGAUUGUGUCAUUUUCGACCAGCGCUACGGGCAUCACCGACAUUCCUUUUCCGGCUUUUACUAUUUGCAACAUGAAUAACAUCAGGAAAACCGUGGCUGAACGGAUUUUAAAAAGCAAGGACCCCAAAAGUAAGGUGGAGAAAUAUUUGCUAGAAGACCUCUGCUCCGUGGACGAACCACCACCAGCACCCCCUUCAUCCCUCGCCUCCAACGACAAGGACGCAACGACCACCACCGCAGCUCCAACCACCCCGGAGAAUAGAGUGGCCCCUAAAUGGGCUACAGUCCAAGAGUUCAUGAUAAAAGGUGGGCAGCCGUGCCACGAAAUGCUCGUUGCAUGUGCGUGGUCGAGCAAGAACAGGAACUGCACCAAUUUGUUCAACACCGCCCUGACCGACGAGGGACUGUGCUGCUCCUUCAACAAAGUGCCCAGAGAGCUGCUCUUCAGAAAUCCCAAGGACUUGUCGGACUUGAACCUGACAUUCCCAUUUCCGGCCGUGGACUGGACGCCCGAGGAAGGUUACCCCCCAGAUGCGCAGCACGAUGCUCUACCGUGGCGACCUGUCGGAGCCGGCAAGCAUUUAGGGUUGACGUUGGUGUUGGAUAACGAGAUCAACGAGUACUUCUGCUCCUCAACUGCCUCAGUUGGGUUCAAAAUGCUGUUGCACAGCCCCGUGGAGACACCGAAACUGUCUAGUUUUGGUUUCGCUAUUCGGCCAGCCACUGAGAACUACAUAACAGUGCAGCCGCAAGUUCGUCGCUCAACGAAGCGAGUGGCCAAAGUUUCCCUACGAAAGCGAAACUGCUACUUUGCAUUUGAGCGGAAGCUCCAUUUCUACCGCACCUACACCAAGCACAAUUGCGUGCAGGAGUGCGAGGCGAACUUCACACUGGCAAACUGCGGCUGUGUCCUAUUUUUCAUGCCCAAGGGGCAGCAAACCCGUAUUUGCGGCAAGAAAGACGAAAAAUGCGCGACAGAUGCCAGAGCUAUGAUGGAAGUCAAGUUGUACGACGACGCUGAAAACGGAACCGCUGAAAAGCCAUCGUGUAAGUGCCUGCCCGGCUGUAGUGAGAUCACGUACCAAUCGAAAAUCACUGCCUCCCUUUUGUCCGACACCUUCAACGCAACACUUAGGUUCCCACCCCUCGCGGACAAGAAUGUAGACGUCAAAUACUUCAAGGACAAUUAUGCCAUAAUCCAUCUUUUCUUCCCUGAAACUGAAGUUGCUACUUAUCAGAUGGAUGAAAUCUUUGGCUUUGCUGAUUUUGUCGGCAGUACCGGUGGUUUGCUUGGUCUUUUUCUCGGCUUUAGCAUUUUGAGCGCGGUUGAGGUGCUCUACUUUUUGUCGCUGCGACUAAUGUGUUCGUGGCGGAGGUAUCAUCCCAGCGUGAGUCCUACUUCGUCGGCUAGAAUCCCUGGUCGCCACUCAAUGCAAGAGUCACAGUUUGUUUAUGUCCAUUAAUGACAUAACAAACACUUUAACUAUUGUUGCUUGAAGUAGAAAAUAUACAUAAUUGAGUAGGUAAAAGCGAAUGCACUUAAAAAUGUCUUGUUGGUUUUGGUAUACAAGAAACGUUUAUUUAAAAAUAUUUUUUGAAUAUCAUAUACUGUCCAUAAUUCCUGCAUUAAAGUUUGAAAUGACACACAAGUAAGAUAAUAUUAAAUAUUUUAACAACCUAAUUACACUUAAAUAUCUAUAUCUGUAACUAGCUUCUUAACAACUUAUUAAUAACGCUGUUCCUCAGAUCUUUCGAUCCCUUGGAGUUAUAUUUUCCGUUCAUGGCAUUUUGAAUCUAAGACUUGAUUCCCCUAACAUGGGAGCUUCAAGAGAUACGACUUGAUUUUUCCCACCAAUGGAAUGCAUUUUAAUCUUUACACUCACUAUAUAUCUCUUAAUUAGAUUUAAAAUGAGAACAAUCAACUGAAAGCCCCAAUCCCCAUUUUGAUCAGUCAAUAUAGACGAGUGAGCACCAUUUUACACAGAUGUUUCUUUAGUUUUCAGUCAAGUCUAUCUCCUUACAAAUUAUUACAUGAUUUCUGACUUACUUGAUAAGAUAAGAGACCAGCGUCAGUCUUACUCAAGCUUGAGAGUGAUCCCCUUCUUCUGUAUCUGUCGCCUCGGAGGCUGGGGUGUUUACGACCAAGACGUCUGUGUCCGAGUUGUCCACAGAGGUGCGACACAGGCUGUCUAGUUUUCUGAUGCACGGCACCAGGGUGAUUUUGUUGUAUACACACAUGCCCAGGAUGAGCAGAGAGAAGCCAACAAUCUGGGAAAAAGAUAAUAAAAUAUUUGUGACGCGAAAAA